CACACUUGCAGCCAUACACUUUAUCUUAUCAGUCACCAUCGGAGCGUCAGUCACCACGGAAAGUGGGCGUGGCGUAAAAAGUUUGCGAAGCCCGAAAGUGAAUGAGUGACAGUUCAUCCAUCCUCCGCUUUACCAGGGCGCAUGGGGCAUCAGCUAGGAUCCGCGCGGAAUUACCAGAUGCAAACUUUCACAGAAUAACAAUGAAUUUAAAAUACAUAUUCCAACCCACACAUGGACUCUCUGUUUGUUUCAUUUCAUUACUAUUUUUAAAAAUCAGACCUUUUUUUGUGCGCCAUGCAAUGUGAAUGCGGGCAAAUGCCGCAGCUUAUACUUGAACUACUUUAAUAUGUGACCAAAAGUGGAUUAAGGAUUUAUAAGAUGAUCUUGAGGAGGCUUUUACAUCCACUGCCUGUCUUCGCUCUGACUUUGUUCAUCCUGGUUUUGCUGGAUUUGCAGCUGCGCACCCGGAGUGACCAAAACCCCACUGCGCCCUUUGCACGUGAAAGAACAGCAUCUCUAUCAAGGACCGUGGCUGUAAACCAACACAGAGACGUUGUUCUUGAAAAUCAGAAACAGAAACGUCAGAAAUGGAGGGAGAUGAAGCCACAACAAUCUUUAAAACUCACAGACAUCUUCAUUGCAGUGAAAACCACCGGCCGGUUCCACAAGACCCGCCUUGCUCUUCUUCUGGAGACCUGGAUCUCCAGGACUAAAGACCACACCUACAUCUUCACAGACAGUCCAGAUGAAGACAUUUCCUCUGAAGGAUUUAAUGUUGUCGUCACUAACUGCUCGCCGGAGCACAGUCAUCAAGCUUUAUCCUGCAAGAUGGCUGCCGAGUAUCACCACUUCAUGGCCUCUGACAAAAAGUGGUUUUGUCAUGUUGAUGAUGAUAAUUACCUGAACCCUGGAGCCCUUCUUUCUCUCCUGACGGCCUUCCCAGGAGAAAGAGAUAUCUAUGUGGGCAAGCCAAGCCUGGAUCGACCAAUGAGAGCACAGGAGCUGCUGGAAGGGAAUAAGACGAGGGACGUGCGUUUCUGGUUUGCCACAGGAGGGGCUGGUUUCUGUCUGAGCAGGAAGCUGGCAGAGAAGAUGGCACCCUGGGCAAGUGGUCCCAGGUUCGAGCAGACCUCCGCAGUAAUCAUGUUACCUGAUGACUGUACGGUGGGAUUCAUAGUUGAGAGGCGACUGGGCAUCUCAAUGGUCCAUAGCAACAUGUUUCACUCUCAUCUGGAAAACCUACUUCUAAUUUCCCCCAGUGAUAUCCCCAAACAAGUGACUCUAAGCUAUGGAUGGUUUGAGAAUAAAAUGAAUAGUGUUGAACUAAAAGGAGUUUUUACCAAAGACGAAGAUCCGUCCAGGUUCAGGACAGUCCACUGUCUUCUGUACCCUACAACAAGUUGGUGUCCUGUAGCUCUCAAUAAUGCCUUGUCAUGGAAUCAACGUGGUUUCCAAUGAUACAAUAAUCAUGUAUAAAGUGAGAAUUUUAAUGCAUGAACUUUGUAAGGGCUGAGGAGCCAACAAAAGCCAAAAGUGCAUGGUGUUCAAAUGAGGACACGGAAAAACCUCAAUGUUUAACUGAGCCAUUAUUGUUAUUGAAAUUGUAAAUUGAAAGUGUAUAACCUCUGUCUACUUGCUGCACAUUUUGGUUAUGAAUAUGUUUGUUUUUAAACCAUUUACUAUAUAUAAUCAAAUUAUUUCAAAACAGGGUAAUCAUAUUUUUUUUUCCUAUGAUCAGUUGUAUUCGUAUAUUUGCACUGUACACAUUUUGAUUACUGUAAUAUUUAUACUGUAUGAUAUACAUGAAGCACUUAAGAUAAGUGGAUAUCCACAAAA